UAUUUGUAGGCAGGUUAGUAUAGGAAAAUAUCUUGAAAUUCAUGGUUGCGUUGUAUGCACUGAUAAAUGGAUUGCUCCUUUAAUACGAAAUAGAUUUACAUUUUUCCAACUGCGCGACGUUUGGGACAUUUGAGUUGUUAUACAAAGUAACUCCAAAUAUGUGUAUCACUGUUGUUAUACAGUGUACAUUAGUGUGCAUACUGCAAUAGAAAUUAAGGUAUUGCAGCUUUGGCAGCCACACACUCCUCACAAAAACAUGUGGGCUCUCAAACCGUGCUUCUUAAAAUGAAUCUGUUUUUCAGGCCUUUCUCUGCUGAUUCUGACACCUUUUGAAAUGCUGGUGAACAUAACCCAUUGUAAUAAGAUGAUCUAGAAAUGCAUUGCUUUUGUCAUUGCAUAAAGUUGCCCUGUUAAAAAUCAGUGUUGUGAUUGUCACUGAGUUAUUAGCUUUGUUUACAAAACAGUAGGACUAAAUUUACAUGGGACUAUUAUUGAAUCACUUUUGACAAUGCAGCUUUGGACUGUGAUUCACAAGUGACUCAUUUUAAAUUAUAGUCAUAUGUUUACUGUAAAGAAAAAUCUGGAAUAAAUUGCUUUGGGCAAACUCAUAUUGCUCAUAAAUUGCUUUGGGCAAACUCAUAUUGCUCAUAUUCGUCCCUAUGAAACAUUAACUUUUGGUAAUCUGGAAAUAAAAUUGAAGAAGUCACUCUCUUUUGUGGCCUUUUCUGGCCGUGUGUGUAAUUCUCUUCACAACUACUGUUAUGAGCUGAGGUUAAUCUUUGUUGAGCCUUUGCACGUUUUGAUCAAUUCUAUCCUGGCCAUUCUGUUCUUAUUUCUAACGUGUUUUUCUAUUGUAGCAGCUGUACUUUUAUGUUUAUGAACUUCACUCAUACCCUCUGGAAGUUGUUGCUAAUGUUACAAAUAAUUUUAAGGUGUUUUCUUUACAGCUCUCAAAUUGUCUUUGAUGUCAAUGACUGUUUUUUCCUUAAACUGCCUUUUUGAUGUCUUUUGUCAUCAAGUGUUUCUUUCUUCUUCAGGGUAUUCAAAAUGGUUGCUUGAUGAUAGCCACUGUUGUUUGGGUAAUGGCUAAAAUUCAUUUUCCAUCCUCUCCCAGGUUCCAAAUACCCGUACAGUAGCUUAUUUUAAACCAAAAGACAGCUUUUCGGCAUUGAUGUUGUGAAAUUUCAAAUUGGUAUGAAUGUAGUAAUGACUGUAGUUUUCCUGAAACUACUUGCACAGGUCGCACAGCUGUCAUUGGGUGGUACAUGUAUUAGUGCACAAUGGUAGCCUUACAUGACAGAAAGUCUUUCGAUACUUAUGUCAUGUCUUUGCUUUAUCGUAGUUGCUUGUUAUUGCAAUACUAGUGUAGCCUAUACUAACGGAGCCAAAUUCCUUGUGUGCUCUCCAUACGUGGCCAAUACAGAUGAUUCUGAUAAUGAUUCUGAUUGAUGUCUUUCGUAUACUAAGUGUUUCCUUCUUCUUCAGGGCAUUCAAAAUGGUUGAUUGAAUAUAGCCUCUGUUUUUGUAAUAUCUAUUCUGUAAUUCAUUUUCCAUCCUCCACCAGAUUCCAAAUAGCUUGUUUCCAUGUUGUUAAAUUUCAAACAGGUAGGAAUGUAGUUGGCACUGGCAAAAUCCAAAUUUCAAACUGAGCGUAGACAUUCGAUGUGAGGAGAGGGCAACAAAACAUAUCAGUCAUUUGUUCCUGCACUUUAAAUGAAAAGUGGAUGGGUUCAAAUAAAUUCUUAACUAAGCACAGACAUUCGAUGCUCGGACACAAUGGGGCAACAAAAUACAUCAGUCAUACGUUAUGAUACUUAUCCAUUCUCUCAUCCAUCAUUACAUUAAGUGUACACAUGCACACCCACUGCACCCAUUUCUAAAAUAAUCUCCACCAAACAGCGGGUGAAUCAACAACCCAUCACUGCUCUGUUUUCAGUCUAGGACGAGAGCACUCAGAAAUGCAUUUUGAAACUUAGGCCUAUGACAAAGAAAUCCAAAUUUGGUGAAAAUUGAGUUGAUCCGCACAGAAUCUGUAUGCAGUCAUUGAAAUACUUAUCUGUUCUUCUGAACAACUCCAUCAUGAACUAAAAUUAAUCUCACCGACAUUAUUUCGUUUUGUUGGCAAUAUUUGCCAAUUAUCCUGAACCAAGGCGCUGUGUGUGUUGUGAUCCAUCGCAGCAAAAAGUACCCACGUCAUGUUCACCAAGGGACGAGGGUUGUGUGACGUCAGUAAACGAUACGACCGCGUGACGUCAUAUAAAGUACAGUUCUCCCCAAUGAAGUGUCAAGACGUUCACGCUCCUGUCAGAAUGCAAAAACAUCGUUGAAGACAAGAAAAAAAAAAACAAGCAUUGAAUGGCGGACGAAACGUGCACGGAGGAAGAAAGUCCAUUUCCUCGUAUUUAUGUGGAAAGAACUUUGGCAAUCAUUAAACCAGAUGCGAUUCACAAAAGUGAAGAGAUUGAAGACAUCAUUCUGACGUCGGGCUUCACUAUUUUACAGAGGAGGAAACUUCAGUUAAGUCCAGAACAGUGCAGUGACUUCUACACGGAACAUCAUGGAAAACUAACCUUUCCCAAAUUGACAGCGUACAUGAGCUCUGGUCCAAUCAUUGCCUUGACUCUGGCUCGAGACAACGCAAUAGCUCACUGGAAAAACAUAAUUGGACCAAUCAAGGCAUCUGACACUCAUCCAGAAUGCCUUCGAGCAAAAUAUGCCACGUCUGAGUUGGAGAAUGCUCUCCAUGGCAGCGAGUCAUUUCAUGUGGCGGAGCGAGAGAUCAAAUUCAUGUUCCCUAACACUUUAACUGUUCCCACAAGAGAGGAAACAGAAGAAUACCUGAGUCGGUAUGUGAACCAAACUUUGCUGCAAGGACUCACUGAGCUCUGCAAGCACAAACCACUCAACCCCUGUGUUUGGCUUGCUGAAUGGCUCCUCAAAAACAAUCCGAACAAGCCUCAAAUAUGUGAUGGAGCUGUUGCAGAAGAAGCAGAAUGACAACAGGGAGAAGAAUGAUGACGGCAACAGGAACUGAUGAUGGCAGUAAAAUAUGAAUAUUUAAUUACAUUGGCAACAUUACUCACAAUGCAAGUGAAGGAUUUGAAUGAAAAUGUGACAUUAACUUAAUCAUUGAACUAGACACUGUUAAAGUUCUCUUCACACUACCAAUCAAUCAAUCAAACUUUAUUUAUAUAGCACUUGUCAUACAUAAAAAUGCAACUCAGU